UAAUUUGUGUAUGGAAAAAUCCCAGAAUGUUAAUCCUUUUAUAUUGCAUAUACUCCAAGAAGUGGAUGAACAAGUUCAAAAGGGACUGGAAGAAGGAAUAACAUUAAACAUUGGUGGUAACAAUCGCUUAGUGCCAGUAGAAAGAGUAACAGGUGAAGAUUUUUGGAUUGUUUCCAAAAUUUUAAAGAAUCAUCUAUAUAUUAAUGGUUUGGAUGUUAGAUAUAACCUACUAAAGGAUGUUGGUGCAUACUAUGCUGCAAAACUGCUUCAGAAGCAACUU